UUAUCCUGUAGGGCUCAGGAUUUAGCUCAGUCGCUUGAGUUCUUGCUUGCUUGAGGUGCUUCUGUCACAGGGUCAAACCACUGCAGUGGAUCCAUUCAACUGAUUGGGCUGUUUUUAUUCUAACCAGUAGACCACAACUGGUCAAAGACUGUGACGUUUAUGUGUUCAUCCAUAUUGCCAAUGGAUAGACUUUAACCAUCUUCAUAUCCGGUAUGGACACAGUGAGCACUUCGUUACAGUUACCAAGGAAAAUCAGUUGGCAUGCAUUAUAAAUAACAUGUCAUGGCUACACUGAAAGAGAAGAAACCUGCAUAAAUAUACACAAGAGCUUAAUCCUCCAAGAACGUGGACCACACUGUAAUUCCUGUGUUAAACUACCAAUGAUCUCAUCAUGUCAUCACAGUUCCCUGAAAACACAAGCAUCUACAUCGGAGGUCUUAAGUCGUCUAUUGGACAUGAUAAGAUGAAUCGCCAUCUCAUUCACAUGUUCACACAAAUUGGACUGAUAGUGAAAAAGAGUCUGAUUUCUAUUGUGGAUAAAAACACGAAUUAUGUUUUCGCAUUCGUGAAUCUCGAAGACGAGGAAGCCGUCCGCUUGGCACUCCAUCACCUGCAGACACCGAAACACCGGAGUGGCGUGCCCUUUGACUUCAGUCUCAUCACCGAACAAAGCAAGGUGCUGAAAUUUGAUCACAGAAAAUGUGUGAAGAAGACCAAAGCCCAGAAAGAAAUGAGUGACGAAAAAUUCUACCACCUCGGAGAGAGGCUUGGAAAUGAAACGCGCAACGCUGAAUUUAAAGAGGGCGGGUUUAUGGUGGGCGACAAGAAGCAUGUUAUUAUGAACACUAUUGGAAAGUACGUGUGCAGCUUCCUGAACAGCGACGGGGGAACUCUCUUUAUUGGAGUUAACAAUCACGGCUGUGUUGUCGGGGUCUCUUGCGACCAGCAACACGAAGAUCGGUAUCGACUCCAAAUUGACGACGCCAUAAAGAAAGUUCACCCCCUGCUCUUUCCAAAGAAAUACACAGUGGACUUUGUCCAAAUCAGAUAUGAUGGUGACAAGGUUUUAGAUCUGAAGGUUAUAAAGAUCACAGUGGACAAGAUAGUUGAUAACACCCAGCUGUACGACUACAACGAAGAUGUGUACGUCCGCCGCGAUGCCAGCAUUCAAUGUCUGACGGCUCAGGAGUCACAAGAGUGGACUCGCAAGCGAAUUGAGAAGGAGCACCUACAGCAGAAAGAAGUGCAACACCAGCUGGCGCAGGUUACCACGGAGAUGGAGAGACUCAAGGUGCAAGUCCGAGAGGACACACGCUUGAAACGACUACAACAAGAGCUGGACAAACUGCAUGAUGAAAACUAUAGGCUGAAGGUGGUGGUGAACAGCCAGACACGCUACGCUCUGAAGAAGAAGCAGUCGAAAAGUUGCUCCAUAAUGUAGACAGCUUGGUGCAGUCAACAGGGGAGCUAAUGAGUCCAGUGUCUAAUUUGUUUUACACAAUUAUGGCCCCUUUUGUGUCUUACAAUCAUGUAACAGUGCAGGGGUGGAUUAUGGGGGGUUUCCCAGUUGCACGGAAACCCCCUACUGGCUAAAAAAAUCACCCCCACCAUGUACAUCUAAAUUGAUUUCCACCAAAAAUUUUAUUAUUUCAAAUUAUAAACAUUUACAUAUUGUUUCGGACCCCCCCCCCCUUUACCUAAAGCACAAUCUGCUGUACGUUGGUAUGUGUUUUUGGGGGAGGGGGGGGGGGGGGGGGGAG